UAGUGAUAUUAGAGGAAAGAUCAGAGAAAAAAUCAGUGUUCGAAGUAUUCAAAAAGCGAAAUCGAUCUAUCGAUAUAACGAAAAGAAAAGGAAUAAAACGAUAAGAUGUACGAUAGUAUUGUAGUAUAGCGACAAAGGUGGGGUGAUGGUGGUUGGUCCUGAUCGUGAUCGUAACGUAAUAGCGGUAGUGGUUGUAAGGUUGUGUCGGUGGUAUGGUAUUGCUGCUGCUGUUGCUGCUGCUGCUGCUGUUGUUGGUGGAGGUGGCAGUGGAGGUGGCAGUGGCAGCGGGGGCAGCCAUACUCAAACAACCGCCGAGCGAGGAGCGCGGCGUGGCGUAGAAAUGAAACGAUAAUACGGCACGUUGAAACGCUCACGGCCCGGGGACGAGGCGCAAGGCGUGAGUGUGACCGAUUGGGCGUAAAAGAAUUAGAAGACAGAAAAGAAUCAGGGCGGAAGUGCGGCAAAGUUCGCGGAGGAAAAGGAAAGAGUGUGUCGACGAAAAGAAGGGGGCUCCGCCGUCGAAUCUCGGUGGUGGCACGGAGUGGACGGUAUGAGCGCAAAGACGGACGUUAACAGGCGAGUCCUAGCGAUUCAGGCCAAAAAGAAGAGGCACAAGCCGAGUAAAAGAAAAGGAAAAGGUAAUUCUCAGGGUGAUACGGACUCAACCACCGGACAGUGCUCAAAAGUACAACCAGCCGCCGCACGGCAAGGACAAGGAUCCGACUUCUUUCAAGAUGCCUCUUCGGGACAGAGGCCGUACUCCAGCGAUAAUGGAAAUAGAUUGGAACCAUGUCACAGCUCGAGCAAUGAAACGAUAGAGGAUGAUGAUGAAGUGUAUAGUAGCGAAGAUGAGGAGCAGGAAGAUAGCAGUGAUUAUUGCAAAGGAGGUUAUCAUCCUGUGAAGAUAGGGGAUUUGUUUUUAAGUCGUUAUCAUGUGACUCGAAAACUUGGCUGGGGUCAUUUCUCUACAGUCUGGCUUUGCUGGGAUCUACAGGAUAAGCGAUUUGUGGCACUCAAAGUAGUGAAAUCUGCAACUCAUUUUACUGAGACUGCUUUGGAUGAGAUAAAAUUAUUGAAAGACGUACGUGAUAUCGAUCCUAGCGAUCCUAAACGAAAUAAGACCGUCCAGUUACUCAAUGACUUCAAGAUCAGUGGCAUUAAUGGUCUUCAUGUUUGCAUGGUAUUCGAAGUGCUUGGACACAAUCUUCUUAAAUUGAUCAUAAAAUCUAGUUAUAGAGGAAUUCCAAGAAACAAUGUUAAGCGCAUCAUCCGCCAAGUCCUUGAGGGUCUUGAUUAUCUUCAUAAUAAAUGUAAAAUCAUUCAUACAGAUAUCAAACCUGAAAAUGUUCUCAUAUGUGUAGAUGAAACUUAUAUAAGAAAAUUAGCUUGCGAGGCAACCGAAUUACAUUCUUUGGGUAUAAAAUUACCAGUUUCUUUAAUUUCUACUGCGCCGAAAGAAUUUCAAGAACCCACGCCAAAUUCCAAAAUGUCUAAAAAUAAAAAGAAGAAACUGAAGAAAAAAGCUAAACGGCAAAACGAAUUGUUGAAGAAACAAAUGGAACAGAUAGAGGAAAUAGAAGAACAGAAUAAACUUGCAAAUAGUACAAGAGAAAAUGGUGAGUUGGAGACUAAUAGUCCGGAUCAAGAUGUGAAUACAGAAAGUAUAGAAGAUAAUACAGAAAGUAAAGGUUCUCCUGAUAUCUCAGAACCAUCUGUACCAUCGUUACACAUCAAUGGAGUGGAUGGUUUAGCAGGUGGAGAAAAAAUAGAAAAUCAAUCAACCGAUCGGUCGGAGAAAAUGGAGAAUGUGACUUUAUGCGAUGUAGACAAAAGUUGUGGUGAAAGUACUCUACCACGAGAUGCAGAAGAUACGGACGAAUGUAGCGAAGGACGUAAUUUGAAUCCACCUGAGAGCAAACAAUUAAAACGGGCAUCUGUAGCACCACUUGAUCCAGCUACGGUAGAUUGUGAAGUCGAAGUAAAAAUAGCUGAUCUUGGAAAUGCAUGCUGGGUUCAUAAAAAAUUUACAGAUGAUAUACAAACACGACAAUACAGAUCUUUAGAGGUGUUGUUAGGAUCAGGAUAUGAUACUUCUGCAGAUAUAUGGUCCACAGCAUGUAUGGCAUUUGAAUUGGCAACUGGUGAUUAUCUUUUUGAACCACAUAGUGGUAAAGAAUAUUGUAGAGACGAAGACCAUCUAGCUCAUAUUAUAGAGCUACUUGGAGAAAUACCUAGACGUAUAGCGCUCUCUGGAAAAAACUCGAAAAUGUACUUUAACAAAAAGGGAGAAUUGAAGCAUAUUACCGGAUUAAAACCAUGGGGACUUUAUGAAGUGCUUACGGAAAAAUAUGAUUGGUCACCGAGCGAAGCACGCGAAUUUGCUGAAUUUUUAACUCCAAUGUUAGAAUUUGAUCCAAGUAUGCGAGCUACAGCUGCUGAGUGUCUGAAGCACCCAUGGUUACAAAUCAAGUGAUCCUGCUUUUAUUUUAUUUUCUUUUAUUUUAUUUACUUUUUUUUUCUUUUUUUUAAUUCUUUUAUCAUUAAAUUUCUGAGAUCCUCACUCUUUACCACCCUGAUGCAAUUACAAGUCGAGAGUGUAAUAGGAAGCAGAAAUCAGAAAAAGAAAAAAGAAAUUUUUAUACCCAAUUAUAGUUUCAAUUUUCAUAUAAAACGAAUAUACAACUAGGAGCGCACAUCUUAUAUUUAUUUCAUAUUUUAGGCCAUAAACAAAUUAUAAGACGCAGCCUAUAUAUGACACAAACAUAGCACAUCAUAAUGUAAAAAUAUACGCGAAUGAUGGCUCGACGAUAAUAAACUUUACUGAUAAAUGUCUCGAUAUUAUUAGGAGUUAGACAACAUUUCUAUAAAAGAAGUUAGAAAUCAAUUCUAUGAAAUUUCGUUACACAGUGAGGUAUGCUUCCUAAUGAAAUACUCUCGACAUCAACCGCCUAUACGUGUAUUUAUAAAUUUGUUAAAUCAUAUUUUUCAUUUAGCGAUGACAACUUAAAUUAAAGUUAAUAGUAUUUUAUUACUUUAUACAUUCGUUACAUCCUUCGUAUUGGUCACUUUAUUUAUCUACAAGUAUUCCAAGAGUCAUGGUACCCACUCAUAAGAUACUUUAUAGAUAUUUAAGGGCAGGCCCGUUAAAACACGUAAAUUUACCUAACUCAACCUAAGUAGAUUUCUUUUUAAGAUGAUGUUGGUUACUAUAAACUCUUAAUGAAAGUUUUUUUUUCUAUUAACUAUUUUCUGUAAACUCUUAGACGUAUAAUGUAAAUCUCUCACUACCUCGUUGCAUUAGAUAUUUUAAAAUACUCAUACACACAUGCCGGAACAUGUAGUUAAUGCACAGAAUAUUUCUAUGAAUUUAUAAUGUAUUCAAAUGUACGAAUGAUUGGUAUCAAGUGAGAGUUGGUUACCAGAUUCUUGGUAUAUAAAGCCAAGCUAGGGCGAACACAAAUCGAUAUGAGACAAUACGUUUUUGCUGAAUAUUUAAAGGGGCACAAAUAUUUGAGUAAACAAAAGAUUGUUAAACUAUAUAUAUUGUAAUAGGAAUAUUAGUCGAACGCAUAAGUAUCUAAAGCAAUAUUAGUUUUUGGUUAUGCAAAUUUUAUGAAUUUCAGCAGUCUCAUUCCAAAAGUAAUGCGGUUUUUUAAGUUUUAAAAUAAUGAAAAAAAGACACGUUCAGCUUUAAUUUAAGAUAUAUUUACCGCUAUUAUUUACAAUUUGUUCUUAUCUUAAUUUAAAAUGUUCAAUAUCUUGGCUAUUAAUUUCUCAUUAUCAGGGCAUUCUGACUUUUAUUCGCAUUCAAGACUAUAAUUUCCAGAAUGAAGAGACUGGAACCAUAUUUGACCUUAGCUUACACUCAUAAUACCUUGAAUCAUAAAUUUUGCGUAUUUUAUUGAUUGUUGCUGUAGCUAUGUUCUGGCAAAAUUCCCAAAACAAAAUAUAUCUUAAAUGCUCUUUUAACAUUUCCAUAACGUUUAUUUUUUUCACUCUUAAAUUCACGUGUGAAAAAUUAAACUGGCACACAAUUACUUAAAACACUGUAAAUUCUAAUAAAACAUAUACAUUGUACGAAUUCACAAUAACUGUAAAACAUUACAUCCUCCAUUUUGACCAAUAAGAAAAAGUCGCUUUACUUAUGGGAUGACCUAAUAUCUUGUAGUUUCAAUCAUAGUGAAACAUUUGUUAUUAUAUUCUUUUGAAAAUGAAGCGAACGUCUUACACAAAUUAUCUUAUUUCGCCGUCGUGUUCCGAAAUAUCGAUUCUAAUAUAUACUUUCCUAUGUCUGAAAUUCUCUAUGUUAAGUCUGAAACACCUCGCGCGCGCGUAUGUGUGUACACAAGUUUUGCAUAACCAUUUUCAUACAUGGACUAAUCAUUGAGCUCUUUGCCGGUAAAUUAUUUCCUGUUUUAUAUUAAAACAAAAGUAAAACAAAAAGAAAACAGUGCAUAUACUGUAUUUUCAUCGUCAUCGGCUCAUUCACGUUAUUCUGCUUCGUCCAGCAGUUCAGAUCUAUUCUCUAUCGUUCCCUUUCUCUCUUUUCUUUUUCUUUUGGUAAAACUUAAACUUAGGGUUUCAUAUCGACAUGUGGAUACGCUUAUGUGUACGUACAAGGAUUAUAAUAAAAUCAUGCUUUGUUUUUUUUUCUACCUCGGUGUUUCUCACCAGGUAAAGCGAUUUUAUUUAUAUAAGUAUUUAUCGUCACGUAUCAUAAUCAUUUUGUUUUCCGUCAACAACAAAUUUUGUAAAAAAUAAUGGAAAUCUGUAUAAUAAUUGAUCUCAUGCGAACAAUGCAUCUGCUCUCACUAACAAGGUAUCAAUUUCGAGACUAAAGUCCUGGCACAAUAUUCUCCACAUACAUAAAAGAAACGUAUUGUUCAUUGUACAGUUAUUUUUGGAAAGGGGUAAAAAAUUUAUCGAUUUUGUCAUUGAAAUUACCAUUAUAAUUUAUUAUAUACUACUGUACUGCGAGAAACAGGAAAUAUUGUGACAUAUAUAAGGUUUACUACGAUAUUUUUUCUGUGACAAGAAAGAACAAGAACAAGAAGAAGAAAAAGGAAAUCAACAACACUGAAUAAAUAAGGUCCCCUCUACUUGUAAUGCAGUAAUUAGUAUGAAACGCGUUUAAGAUUAUAGAUGAUUCGUUUAGCUAAUGAUGCGCCCUAUGCCUGUUUAAUUGAUUCUAUAAGCUAUUGAAUCAAGCACGCAAGCCGUAGAUAUUAUUGCGGCUUCGCAUCAUCUAAUGACGAUCUUGUCGAAUUUGUACAGUACAUAUUAGAGUAAAUAGCGAAUAUACACAGAUAUAAUUUUCUGAGAGGAUUUAAUGGCCAUUGAAAUUCGUUGGUAUCAUUUCGAAUUGCGUCUACCUCGUUACUUUUAUUUUCUUUCUUUUUAAAUUAAUCAGUCAGUAAAAUUUUAAAUAGCUAUAAAUGAGUAUUUUACAUAGAUAAAUCUAUUAUUGAAGAUAAGAAGAGUUAGGUGAGAACAAAAGACGUUAAACUAAUUCGCUCGAAUCUAUAACGAGAAUCGACUUCAAAGGUGAACGUUUUAAAAACACAAAAAAUCUUUUGAACUUUUCAUGAGAUGGGAAAAUAUUUAAUCGGCUUUAUCACGUUGACGGAUUUCACUGGCCUGACGUACGUUCGUCUUGUAGUUCAUAUAUUGCAAUUAAAAUAGAAAGAAAAAAGAAAGAAAAAAACCGAAAAAAAAACAAACCGGAAAAGAAACAUGAAUACCGACUUAUGUAGAGAUAUAAAUCCAUUAUUUACGUAGACAUGUACGAUGGCUGCUUAAAUGCUAGUUAGAAAACAAAAUUAACUGACUUGUAUAACUUUGAAACAUCUGAACUUAACAGACGUUUUAACAAUCUUCUCGUGCGUAUUAUAAUUAAUAAUACGUAAUAGAAUUACCGUUAACGGCAUGUCUAAUAAUACAUACGUGUAUUUCUAACUAUUCGAAGAUAAAAGAAAAGGAAUAAAGAAAAAGAAUGGUUUGUAUAGGGACCCAAUUUUGAACUAUACCAGUGGAUCAUGUUCCAAUCGGUAGGGGAAAUAUUAGAAUGUUUGGUAAUGGCUUGCUUAAAUAAAUUGUCGAAAUGUCAGAACUCGUGGGAAAAAGAAAAUUAAAAAAAGAAGAAAGAAAACAGAAAAUUAUGAAAUGACGUUACAAAGAAAGAAAUUCGAAAAAUAGGUAGAAAAUUAAUACUAUAGUAGUCUAUGAUUUUUAUAUAAUUGCAAAAUAACAGAAGACUAAGAGAAACUAUUAGACGAUAAAAAGAUAUCGUAAGAACGAACAAUCGAAAUUAAUCAUUUUAGUGAACGCAAAAUAAAAAAUGAAAAUCAAUACGACACUCGGACGGGGAAAAAGAACACCAAGUCACAAAUGUACUCGACCGAUGCCUAUUGUAAAUAUAUAUACACGGAAAUGGUCAGAAGACAAUUUUCUUUUGCAUAGCGUUCUAACCGUGACUGACUCUUCAUCGAUACAGAUUUAAUCGUGAGUAACGGGACAGUUAUCGGAGAUAACAAAAAUUUGAUAAAAGAAGCGCGUAUAUCUUACUGAUUGGUACAUAAUCAGUCUGGAUCGUGGAGUCACGAAAAAGAUUUUGUUAAAAAAUUAUGCAUGUUUAGCAAAUUAAAGCGCAAAGGUGUAUUACGAGCCAUACGAAAAAUUUGAAAAAAGUAAGAAAUAAUGACUAAAAAUUGUUGAGAAUAAAAAAAAAGAAUAAAAGAAAGACGAAAAACAAACGACAGAAAAAAACAAAAGAAAAAAAAUACAUUAUAUAGGACAUCUUCAUAUGUGUGAUCAUUUUUAGAAUCGUUUUAUCGUUUUAUCGAUCGAGUAAAAUCGAACAAAAGGAUUAACUUUGAGCGAUAACAACAGCAAAAAAAGAAGAAAAUACAUACAGAAAUAGCGUUGUAAAAGUUGACUGGUGUUUUUAGAGAACAACAAGCUUCCGAGCUUUUAGACAAUAUCCUAAAUAUUAGCACUAAUGAGUGCCCCUUUCCAGCCAAUUCCUUCUUCCGAUAUUGAGAAAAGUAAAAUCCGAUUACGAGAGAGUAAAAGAGAAGUGUUUAGAAAGUUUUAAUCUACCAAUCGUAGAAAAAGGAACGAGUGAGAAUUUAAUGAUAUAUAUAUAUAUAUAUAUAUAUAUAUAUAUCUUUUUUUUCUUUUUUAAUCUUUCUUUCUCUUCCCUCGAGCUAUAAUUCGUUUCUCGAUGAUCGGAGUUAAUAUCGUUAGAUCGAUGCGAUUUAAGUUUCAUCUUACUUUGUUACAAUUCUUUCAUCCUCGAAUUAAUCCCUUUCAUGUCACGAGAUCGUUUUUCGUUUUUGCACUAUGUUCGUUUCUACGUUUAUUUGUUUAUUUCCUUCUCCCCCCCCCCACCGCCCCGAUAUGUUUCGCAAGAUAAAUGAAAUAAUAAUAAUAAUAGAAAAAGAAUAAUAAAAAAUAAAAAAAGGAAAGAUAAAUCCGUGAAAAAGCACGUUGAAUCGACACGAUGUCUCGUGUGUUUCAGUCCUUCGAGAUCGAUAGAUUUCUCGCAAAUACACGAGACAUUCGUAAAUUAAUAUGAUUAAUUGAAAAAAGAAAUGAACGAGCCGAAAGAAAUAAAUGGAUUUGAUGUUUAGAUGCUGCCUCCAUUAUAUGCCCUGCCACAGGAAAAAGUACGAUAAUAAACAUAGACCCAUGUACCCACCUCUAAGAGAAUGAUAUAUAUAUAAGAAAUAAAUUCGCAAGAAAAUAAAAAUAAAUAAAAAAAGGGAA